ACCAGAAGGCCCCGACGUGGUGCGUAACGUAGCAUUCCAUUCAGACAAGAGAGAAAGAUGGCGUCCUCUAACAAUCCCCGCAAAUUUAGCGAAAAAAUCGCUUUGCAUAACCAGAAACAGGCGGAAGAAACUGCGGCAUUCGAAGAGGUCAUGAAAGACUUGAAUAUCACCAGAGCUGCACGGUUGCAGUUACAGAAGACCCAGUAUUUGCAACUGGGGCAGAAUCGUGGACAGUACUAUGGAGGCUCACUGCCCAAUGUCAAUCAGAUUGGAAAUGGCAACAUUGACCUGCCUUUUCAGAAUUCUGUGUUGGACACCAGUCGCACAACCAGGCACCACGGUUUGGUGGAUCGUGUUUACCGUGAACGAAAUCGCAUCACUUCUCCACACCGCCGGCCUCUUUCAGUUGACAAACAUGGACGCCAAAUCGACAGCUGCCCCUACAGCUCAGUUUACCUCUCCCCGCCACCAGACACAAGCUGGAGAAGGACAAAUUCAGACUCUGCCUUACACCAGAGCACCAUAAAUCCCAAACCCCAAGAGGUGUUUUCUGGCGGAUCACAGGAGCUUCAACCCAAACGAGUGCCUGGGACGGAGAGCUUGGAGACAAAUGCAGACAAUGAUGCACAGAAACAGCUGUGGGAUGACAAGAAGGGGGAUUCACCAAACCACAACACAUGUGAUGUCCCAGGAAUCAAUAUUUUCCCAUCACCAGACCAGGAACUGAACCCAGCGGUGCUACCUGCUGCACACAACACAGGCGGUUCAUUGCCUGAUCUCACCAACAUCCAGUUCCCUCCUCCUUUGUCCACCCCACUGGACCCCGAAGACACAGUAGCCUUCCCUUCCCUCAGCUCGUCCAACAGCACAGGCAGCCUCACCACCAACCUCACCCAUCUAGGCAUCAGCGCAGCCAGUCAUGGGAUCCCUACUUCCUCCCAGCCCACCAUGACUGUAACAGAACAACGCCGCCAGCCCCCCGUGGUGCCACUUACACUAAGCACCGACCUCCAUCUUCAGAAGUCCACACAGCAGUUGUCGCCCACCCUCUCCUCACCUGUUAACAUCACACAGAUAUUUCCAACAGAACAGCAAACCCUGGAGCAACAGCUUUCCCAGUUCCCUCUUUUCAACCAUCUGACUGCUCAGGCCCAGGCUCAGUUGCUCAGCGACCUGCAGAAGCAGCCGCCGCAGGGUAUCCAGCUCAUCACGCUGCCUGCUCCUCCUUCCAGUGCUACAGGCCCCGCUACUGCCAACAGCCCAUCCCCGGACAGCCAGACCUCAGCCAGCAUCAGCUCGUAUCGCAAUCAGACUGGCUCACCAGCCACUCAGUCUCCAACCUCCCCAGUCUCCAAUCAAGGCUUCUCCCCCGGCGGCUCGCCUCAACAUAUUCCUGUGGUGAGCAGCAUAUUUGGUGACUCCUUUUACGAUCAGCAGGUGGCAUCGAGGCAGACCAACGCUUUGUCUCAUCAGUUGGAACAAUUCAACAUGAUCGAGAACUCCAUAAGCUCUACCAGCCUGUACACGCAGUGCUCCACCCUCAACUAUACUCAAGCCGCUAUGAUGGGUCUUAGCGGCGGCAGCCUUCAAGAAUCUCAGCAGCUUGGCUACAGUAGUCAUGGCAACAUUCCCAACAUAAUCUUAACAGUCACAGGUGAGUCUCCGCCGAGCCUCUCCAAAGAGCUCACCAAUUCACUGGCGGGCGUCGGUGACGUCAGCUUUGAUGCGGACUCUCAGUUCCCUCUGGAUGAGCUAAAGAUCGACCCCCUCACCCUGGAUGGGCUGCACAUGCUCAAUGACCCCGACAUGGUGCUGGCUGACCCUGCCACCGAGGACACGUUCAGGAUGGACAGGCUGUGACGUGACCCGCUUGGCUGACUGUUGGCGGCGAGCAACCAGAAGGAAGAUAAACAUUCGAACGUGUGAAUGGAGGAGGUGAGACAAAAGGGCAGGGUUGAACCCUCUCCCUAGUUGCAUGGCCAUCCAGCGGCCCGACCUCGCCCUCGACUCGGUAAAAGCUCUUUGACACAAUGACGCGCCACCAAAAGAAUGCAGGGAAAAGGACGUCCUGUGGCUUCCGGGGAAUGGCCUCGAUGUCCUUUUUUUUUUUUUUUUUAAUUUUUUUUAAGAGAUUGGUCGCUCAGCGCUUUUGCUAGCACGGCUGUGUUUACAGUGUACCAUUAAAUGCCACAUAUUUUCCGAAAAUGCACAUUUUUUUUUUCUUAUUCAUAUUCGAUUUAAUAUUUCUUUUUAUUUAUAUUACUGUUAUGAUAUUUCUUUAUAUUUGCUGGUAGCGGGAAGCUGCAGACAUUGGACUAAAGCAUACGUAUUGGUCAUCUUAAAAGGGAAAAAAAAAGCUGCUGGUUUUCCUGCCUGCAAUUUAUCGGGUCUUCAACAACUAUCACACUCAGAGCUUUACUUUUGACAACCAAAUGUUUCUUUUUUGUUUUUUUAAUCAUGCACUGUCUUUUGAUGCCGUAUGUCAUGACGUUUUCUUUGUGAGAAUAUUUUUCGUUGGGUUUCAUACAGCCGAUGCCAAAAUGCUCUCGGUAGGCAUCGUGUAAAUCUGCACUGAUGUAAUUUAUUUCUGAAUUUUGAACAUAUUUCACUUGUGUCUGUGUUUAGGCUACUUGUUUAUUGAAGGAGUGCAAAACCUCCCCAUAGUUGCUCUUCAGUGUUCGAUGUGCCAUAUUCAUUGCUGUAGCCCAGAAGUGACGGUCAACUCAUCAUAACUUUUAUGCCGAAAAACACACACAGGCUCCAAAAGCAGGGUUGUUUUUUUGUUUUUGUUUUUUUUAAUUUUACUUUUUUUUUUUUUUUAGAAGAUCAGGUAUAACCACGUAACUGGAAAGCAGAAUGAAUUUUCUGGAAAAGAAAAGCCAGCAGACUGGUCUUUCAGGGAAGGAAGCUGUCUGUUUCGUAACUGGCAAACUCUCAAAUUUUAACUCUUUUGGAAGUCGU